AUGAUUGAGCACGAAAUUAUACAUACCAGCAAUGUAUCUAAACGUAUAUUCAAUAUAGUUCAAGAUCUGGCCGAGUUUUUACUGCUCUUUAUCAAAAUUCUAAUGGAACUUAUUUAUUCUGCCGUGGAUAAAAUAUUUCCAAAAAAUUUUAAGGAUAUAUGCAAUGAAGUGGUUUUGAUUACAGGUACGGGGCAUGGAAUUGGGCGUGAACUAGCAUUACAUUAUACUGCUUUUGGCAGCACAGUUAUCUGUGUCGAUAUAAAUCAGAAAAACAAUGAGGAGACUGUUAAUAAAGCAAAACGGCUCUCCAAAGGUGCGGUGCAUAGUUAUACCUGUGAUGUUUCAAAUCGAGACGAUGUGCUGGCACUUGCCAAUAAAGUAAAGACCGAUAUUGGUCCUAUAACCGUACUAGUUAAUAAUGUAGGCAUAAUGCCCACACAUCCGUUAGAUAAGCAUACACCAGAGGAAAUACGACGCGUCUUCGAUAUUAAUGUGUUUUCACAAUUUUGGACACUGGAGGCAUUUUUACCCCAAAUGAAAGAAGAAAGCCGUGGUCAUAUUAUUUGCAUGUCAUCAAUUGCAGGUGUAGUUGGGUUAGCUAAUUUAGUACCAUAUUGUGCAACAAAAUUUGCUGUGCGUGGCAUGAUGGAAGCACUACAUGAAGAACUUCGCGACGGACCGUAUAAGAAUCUUAUUAAAACUACAACGAUUUACCCAUAUAUGACAAAUACCGGUCUCUGUAAGAGGCCAAAAGUCAAGUUUCCAUCAGUGCUGGGUUUAUUGGAUCCGAAAGAAGUAGCUAAACAUAUUAUUGACGCACAUAGAAUGAAUGUCUUGGAAACCACAAUUCCGACGAGUUUACUGCAUAUUAAUAAUUGGAGCCGCUUGCUUCCAAGCAAUUGUGGAAUAAUGCUGAAGGACUUCAUUGACAGCGGCGUUGAGUCGGAUUUAUAGAAAAUUAUUGAAUUAGUUUCUUUUAAUUAUUUUUUUUGGUAUUUUUUUAUUAAAUAUUAAUAGCGGUUUAAUAUUUUAUUAUAUUAACGUGGACUUAUAUGUUAUAGAAAAGGCUUAUUUUUAAAAAUGCUCGAUAAUAUUUACAUUAAGCACAAUGAAG